AUGCACCCUCUUGAAAAAGUUACUAUUAUCGGAUCUGGUAACUGGGGAUCCGCCAUUGCCAAGAUUGUUGGUACAAACACAGCUUGUCACACGGAUCUGUUUGAGCCCACAGUUCGUCAAUGGGUCUAUGAAGAAAUUUUGGACAAUAAAAAGUUGACUGAUAUAAUCAAUGAGCAACACGAGAAUAUCAAAUAUUUGAAGGGUGUGAAGUUGCCUCAUAAUGUCGUGGCCGUGUCUGACCUUGUUGAAGCCUGUAAGGACGCUUCGCUGCUCGUCUUUGUUUUGCCGCAUCAAUUCAUUCACGGUGUUUGCGAAAAAAUGAAAGGCUAUUUACGGCCGCAAGCCCGUGCCAUUUCACUCAUUAAGGGUCUUGAAAUUACAGCUGAAGGCACACGACUAUUCUCAGAGGAGAUUUCUCAUAUUCUGAAUAUUCCUUGUGCUGCUCUCAGUGGAGCCAAUAUUGCGAAUGAAGUCGCUUUGGAACAAUUUAGCGAAUCAACCAUUGGAUGUCAAGAUAUUGAAGUCGAUGGUCACAUUUUUAAAAACUUAUUUAAUACUGCUUACUUUCGGGUGAAUGUCAUUCAGGACCAUGUCGGUGUACAGUUAUGUGGUGCUCUGAAGAAUGUCGUGGCUGUAGGUGCUGGAUUUUCGGAUGGUUUAGGUUAUGGAAGCAACACCAAAGCAGCAAUCAUUCGAUUAGGAUUGCUCGAGAUGCGUAAGUUUGGUCAAACUUUCUUUGGUGACGCUGUACAAACGGAAACCUUUUUUGAAUCUUGUGGUGCUGCUGAUCUAAUUACAACUUGUAACGGAGGACGAAACCGUAAGGUUGCCGAAGCAUUUGUCUUGACUAAGAAACCUAUUGAACAAUUGGAAGAGGAAUUAUUAAAUGGGCAAAAGCUUCAAGGUACAUUGACAGCUCGGGAGGUGCAUCAAUUUUUAUCAGCAAGGAACAUGCAACAUGAAUUUCCCUUAUUUAGUACCGUUUAUCGUAUUGCGUAUGAAGGGUUAUCACCUGAAAAUAUUAUUAUAGACAUUUGA